UCGGUAAAGUCGUGUUCGCGCCAGACAACGGAUCCGAUGGUGAAAUUGGCCAGUCUGGUGUGACAGAGUGCGAGAAGCCAAAUAGUACUUUUUUUUUUGGUUUUGGUUUUGCUUUUUUUUUUCAAGUGUGCUAUGCGCUGACGGUGUAAUUUUAAAGUGAUAAUUGUCCACCCACGCAAGUCGAACUUCGGUGACCGGUGUAAUACUCCUUGGCCGUGCGUUGUGCAGUCUGCACCACGGUUGGUGAGCGUACAGAAAGAAAGUGAAAUAUUUAAGUGACCUCGAGUGAUUGAGGUAUUUUUAUUCAUGAUGAUAAGGAAACGGCAGUUGAUAGCGCUGAUGCUACUAGUGACCACCACCUGCAGCAGUGUGGCAUCGGAGCAAACCGUGAAAGCGGAAAAUAAAGCGUCAGUGGACUCAUCGGCAAUCUUGGAAAGUCUCCUGUGUGCGGUCAGAUCUAACCCGUGGCUUUGCAUACGACAGCAGGCUGGACGUAUGCUGGACAACUGGGAGGAUAUCCUCGAUGCGAAAAAGCGCGAAAUGAUGGAGGAUGCCGACAAGGAAUGUCAGCAACGUUCCCUGAAGGAUGAUGCUAGGAAUAGUCCCAAAGUGACUCCAUCCGAUUUGAUAAACCAAAUCGAAGAUGGGCUUGGAACUAUCUCAGACUACGUGUCAGAUGGCGUAGAUGGAAUCGUUUCGGCUAGAAACCAAAAAUCCAACGACGAUCAGGCUAGUCCCAAAAAGCACCUGCAUCAUAUCCUGAAAUUAGGUAAAACUGAUUACAACGGUACCAGCCAAGGUCUUGCACGAACCGCGGCGGAGUUUGACGAUGGCAUUGCCGCCGUGGAGGAUGGUUUGGUGGAUUAUGGAUUUGACGCCGGGCUGGAAAAAGCAAUUGGUAGAGGCAAGCGAGUGGGUGACCAGGAUAUAGGUUUCGGUGACGAUGAACAUCAUGGUCAUGGUGCUGGAGGUGGGUCCGAAUCCGAAGCAUCAGAAUCAAAUACCGAUGAAGGCUCAGAAAUCGGUCGCAACGAUGGCGGAGGCGGAGGAUUUUUCCGUAAGAGGAAGGGCAAGAAGAAGAAGACCUACAUCAAGCUGUUCAUGCUGGGAGCCGCCCUGAAGGGUAAAAUCGAGCUACUACUGAAGAUUCUCUCGUUCCACCUGCAGCUGAAGUUCUUCGCCAUUGCCGCCAUCGGAUUGCUGAUCAACAUUGGCCGUUUCUGGUUCGACCUGAAGAAGCAGCCGCAACCACAAAAAGUGAUCUACUACGAGCAUGCCCAGCACCAGCAUCACUACGACGACCACGGAGAUGACUACGGCGGCUAUUGGAAACGUUCGCUGCACGGAAUUCGUGACGAAGAUGGCAGCUACUAUUCCCACGAUCGGAGCGAUCGCCCGGAGGACGGAUAUCCUCAGCAUCGACCGGUCCACUAUGCCCCAGUGCCAAAUAGUCCCAGCCACUAUCCCUACGAUCCGCACACCAUGGCGUAUCAUCAGCAGCGGCCAUAUGCCUAACGGGACGGGACUCGUUGCUGCAGCCAACCAAUCCCGCAUGGGUUGUGACGCUACAGGAAGCAAUUUUUCAUCAGAUCAUCAUGUCAUCCGCUUCUCCUUUCAUCAUCCAUCCAUCCAUUUUGUACAAAUUUGUUGCAAGCCAGUCACAAGUUUCGUUAUCCAAUCUUUUGGAUCGUCGAAUUGUUCUAAUUGUUUGUUGACGUUUGUUUUCUCUAGAUAAGUGUGCAUUGUUCAAAACUAGACUGCUUAUUUCCAUUAUGUAUUUAUUUAUUUAUUUAUUGAAUAGUAACUUAUUUAUUCUUAAUAACUUUUUUCACCGAACAAAGUAGGCUGGUUUUCAUAGCAUAAACAUAAUUGAAUCAACCGUGAUUGUCAUCUGAUCGAACAAUAAAACAAAUUAGGAAUUAAAUUAAACUAUGUUGCUGUUCUCCUGAAAAACCCUGUAAAAAUUCACCCAAUUGUGCCAUGCAGAUUCGACGAGCUCUGCCGAUU